AUGGACAAUAAACUGAAGAAUAUAUUUUCUCAAAACUCCUCCCUCAAUGAUUUCUCAGAGAAGCUAAAUCAAAAGAACUCGUUUCUUCUUCAAGCCUACUUCGCCUCACAGAGUGCUGGAGGCCCUUCACAAGAGUUCAUUCCAAGUCAAAACUAUGCCACACAAGGAGAGGAGGAGAAGCCAUUACCGGGUGAGCUCACAUUCUAUGACCCUCAAGAGCCUGCUUCUCACAUUGACCUAAAUAGUUGUGUGGAGGAAAAAGAGAAUCUCAACUCUAAAUUAUCCACUCUCGUGGAUAACUCAGGCACGAAGCAGUCUGCCACCGAAAUAGGGACUCCCUCUAAGCCAGACAAAUUAGUUGAUUAUCAGAAGUCAAUUCAACCGAAGCUUCUUAAUAUUAAGGAAGAAGAAAAAACAGAAGCGAAUUCAGCACAGAAGCCAUGCAGUGACCAGGGUGGUAUAAGUUGUCCUCACUGUUAUAACCACCUGGAUCCUCACUAUAUUCUAUCAGAAAUGCAAAAGUUUUUAUCAAAGCAGAACGUAUGCCCACCUCCAAUGAAUUUAGAGCAGAAGUCUCAGUCACCACCUCCUGAAGUAAAUCCUGGUGACAAUAGCCUGAAGGAGAUUCCAGUAGUUAUUUCUAAAUCAAAAUAAAAUCAAAAAGAAGAUCAAUACUUGCGGACAUCCAAACAAGAAGCACUAUGCCAAAGGAAUGUGCUCUAUCUGUUAUCACAGAAAUGGAAGAACAAAGCUUGCUUGGAAGUGCAAGCACAAGGAUAAGCCUAAUUACGCAAAGGGCUGCUGCCAGACAUGCUAUUUAUCCCUCUACUACAAUGAAAAGAAGGAUCGUACAACCGAGAUUUAG